GUCACCUUUUCCUCUUCACGUUUUGGCUCUUGGUGUUUCAGCCGCGCUCGCGUUUCUUCACCGUCAUGUAGAAUUUUCCCGCUUUUUGGAACAUGAAACGUUUUUAUCGUGCGCAUUUCAGCCGGACCAUGAACCUGUGGCUCUUUAGGUGUUUUCUGGCUGCCUGUGUUUGCUUUCUCUACUGUUUUUUGCAAGGGUUGAAUUCAACUGGAGAAGGGGGUAUAUUUCACUGGACUAAAAUGGAGAAUAAAGAAACCUGGAUUGUAAUGGAUUCAGCACAAGAGAAGUCAGUGCCAGCCUGCUCAUUGAGACACAUCGUAAACAAGACGGAGAGUCUAAAAAAACAGUUUAGCUUCUUGGUUCCCGUCAUGCAAUGGCGAGAUUCGUUUGGUCUUUCACAAUGGAAGAAGCUCCAGAGUGAAUACUUGCCUUACGGCUGGAAGAACCAGUCUUUUGCAAUUAUCGGCAAUACUCUUGAUCUGCUUACACAUCCUGCCAAUGGUCGUGUGUUUGAGCGGAAAUCAGCAGAUGCAUGUGUUCGCUGUGCUGUGGUGGGAAAUGGAGGAAUAUUGAAUGGAUCCGGACAGGGAAAAGCCAUAGACAGUCAUGAUUAUGUCUUCAGGGUAAACGGUGCGGUAAUCAAAGGUUUUGAGCGUGAUGUUGGCUCAAAGACGUCGUUUUACGGCUUCACCACCAACUCCAUCAAAAACUCAUUCAUCGCUUAUCAACAGGACGGCUUCGUCAGUGUGCCACGUGACCCGGGCAUCUCUUAUAUUUUCAUCCCAGCAGAAACACGGGACUAUGUGAUGCUGUCAGCUGUUGCCCGGGAUGUGACUGUGCUCUCUGGGGUGGAUAAAGGUAGCAGGGCCACUAAUAUUUUUGGAUACAGUCCUGAAAUACAGCAGUUGAAGAUGAUCCAUCCCAGCUUCAUUCAUUAUGUGACUCAAAGGUUUCUGAAAUCCCCAUGGCUCGUUCUCUUCAAAGACCUGUAUAUGCCCAGCACCGGCGCCAUGAUGCUGAUGACCGCUUUACACUCUUGUGACCAGGUUUCUGCUUAUGGCUUCAUCACAGACAAUUACAAAGACUUCUCAGACCAUUAUUAUGACAGGGUGAAGAAGCCUCUGGUCUUCUAUGCCAACCAUGACAUGGAGAUGGAGAAAAAUCUGUGGAAGAAACUGCAUUCUCAAAAGGCUUUGUGGCUGUAUCAGAGAGAAACAAAGAAAUGAGCCUUUCAAAAUGCCUGAAGUUAAAAUACCAAACAAGUAUUUUACAUUAAUCUGUUAAUUUAAAGAUUUUGGGCUUCUCUUGAAUCUUUUAGAGCAGUGGGUGUCCAAUCCUCCUCUAUAAACUUAGAACCGAAAGUUGACAUGGUGCCUUAAAAAUGUGAGUCAACUCAACUUGUUUCAGCUCAAAACAUUGAGUUUUACAUGUUAUUUAACUAAUUAUUUAACUUUAACUUCAUGUGACUGGUCUGCUUAACAUGUUCAAGCUUUUGAUAUUUUACAAGCUUUAACAUUAGUUCAAAAACUGCAAUUAACUUCACUUACAGCCUUUUCUCUCAAAAAACUCUCAAAAUCUCAGCAAAGGAUUAUUAAAGAACAGCACAUAAUAUUCCACUAGAUAUUCUUCAAGAUACUAGUAUUCAGCUUAAAGUGACAUUUGAAGGCUUAACUAGGUUAAUUAGGGUAAAGUUAGGGUAAUUAGGCAAGUCAUUGUAUAACAGUGGUUUGUUCUGGAGACAAUCCAAAACUAAUAUUGCUUAAGGGGGCUAAUAAUAUUGACCUUAAAAUGGGUUUAUAAAAAUUUAAAACUGCUUUUAUUCUAGCCAAAUUUAAACAAAUCAGACUUUCUCCAGAAGAAAAAAUAUUAUCAGAAAUACUGUGAAAAAUUCCUGAAUCUGUUAAACAUCAUUUGGGAAAUACUACAAAAAGAAAAUUCACAGGAGGGCGAAUAAUUUUGAUUUCAGCUGUACCCAAAACAGCUGAUUAUGGUCCAUCCAGGAGAGAGUUUGUACACCCCUGCUUUAGAAGUGACAUGAUUGAGAUGGAAAAAGGCCCAAAAAAAAUUGAACUAAAGUACAUGAAGGAUUUUCUGUCUGGAGACUACUCUUGUGUUCCUCAGGGUUCGGUGUUUGGACCGCUCCUGUUCAGUCUGAAUAUGCAUCUAAUGAGCCAAAUAAUGCUGAUCAAUGAAGCUGCAUAUGAUAGCUAUGCAUAUAAAAGCCCUGUAAUUUGGCUUCUCGUCCAAAAUGUCUACAAAAAUAUAUUUUGUCUUGUUUCUAGUCUAAAUAUCUAAACAUUCUUAAAUCAAGAAGCAAAUAUUGUCUUGUUUUAAGAAACAAUGAGUCAAAAUUAGGUGAGUUUUUCCAUAAAACAAACAAAAUAUUAUGCCAUAACAAAUAACAAGAUUAUUUUGCAUACACCAUUGGCAGAAUAUUUUGAAGUGUAGAAACUGUUCUUGUAAACUCAACUGAAUUCCGAAUAAAUAAAAUAUUAGCUCUGAUUUUACUCUAUCUUAGUACUGUACUCCACACAACAAUGUACUCCUAGACAAACUACAUUUGACUCUCUGAGACUGAAAUCAUCUGGUUUAGCUAAUAUCUAGAAGUCAGAGAAUACUGUGAGAAUAUUUAUUUGGAUGUUUGAUAUGCACUGUAAAAAUGCCUUUCCUUCUUUGAUUGUCUUAUUUUUAAUCCAAACAAGGAGCUUUUUCUAGACAAGCAAAACAUAUGGUCUUAUUUUAAGAAAUAAUGAGUCAAAAUUAGGUUUUUUUUUUACUUAAAAUAAGCAAAAUAAUUUGCCAAUGGAGUAAAUAAAAUAAUCUUAUGUCAAAAGGAAAAACAAGAUUAUUUUGCUCACCACAUUGCCAGAUUAUUCUUGCUUGUUAUAAAAACAUUCAUUUUUAACAUAGAAUGUGAGUCAAUAAUAGCCAGAACUGUUUGGUUAUUUUUCAGUGUAUCCUUAUUAAGAAUGUCUCUUUAGGAGUGAGCAGUGGGUAGUUACUUUUAAAAGUUAUAGUAUAGGUUCUAUAUACACUAUCUGGCUAAAGUCUUGUGGCCUAUCCAUUAGGAACAGCAAAUAAUAACUUGACUUCUUGUUGAUCAUUUGGUAUCAGAAGUGGCUUAUAUGAAAGGCAAAGGCCUCUAGAUUACAGUGAUUUGACCACAAUAAAUCUGAUCAUGUCUUGAUUAUGAAUGAUUUGAUUAGGACAGUAAGGUCUGACUCUGCUUAGACUAAAGUCUGCUCACUGAACCUUCAAUAAUGUCCAGUAUAGAAUAUGUGCUCAUGCUGCAGUGGAAACAGAAUGAAUAUUGUGUCUGACUCCAUCAUGAGAUUGGAGGACUGCAUCCAUACAUCUCUGACUCAAAUCACUGAUUAAUAAAGUCAUCUGGAAUGGCAAAGAAAGCCUUCUUCCAGGACUCCCAGAGUUCAUCAAGAGUCUUUGUGUUCAUCUUCAACGCCUCCUCCUUCAUCUUACUUCAGACAUGCUCAAUAAUGUUCAUAUCUGGUGACUGGGCUGGCCAAUCCUGGAGCACCUUGACCUUCUUUGCUUUCAGGAGCUUUGAUGUGGAGGCUGAAGUAUGAGGAGCGCUAUCCUGCUGGAGAAUUUGCCCUCUCCUGUGGUUUGUAAUGUAAUGGGCAGCACAAAUGUCUUGAUACCUCAGGCUGUUGAUCUGCAGAUCUCUCACACGCCCACAUACUGAAUGUAACCCCUAACCAUGAUCAACUAGAAGUCAAGUUAUUAUUUAUUGCUUCUACAACUGGCAUUCACCACAAGACUUGUGUUAGGUAGUGUGUGUAUAUAUAUAUAUAUAUACACACGCAGUUUUGUGUGACUUCUUUUAAAAUGUGUUAUUUUGUUACUAUUUAUGGAUAGUUAUGUGUUAUGUUGUUUGUGUACUUUUUUCAUCUGGGCCGGGCUUGCUUUUUUGUAAUAAAAUAAAAAUUAAAACAAA